AUGACAUCUAGAAUUAGGUUGCCUUCUGAUUAUCAACUUCUAGUUGAACCUCAUGUUAGUGAUGAUACUAUUUGUCAAAUAAUACUUAAUGUUAGAAACCAGUGCAUACGGUAUGGAGGAAUAGGAGGUACUGUUGCUACAACAGAGAUGAGAUAUUAUCCGGAAGAAGUGGUAAGGAUCAACCCUUUCUUUUCUGAUAGUGAAAGUAUUAGGUCUCAACUUGAAACUUUGUUUUCUAGAAGUGAAGUUUUGGAUGAAAACCAUACUCGAGGUUUAAGUACUGAAAGAAUCUCAAGAGAGAUUGAAGCCGGAAUGGCUGAAAUAACUAAUGUUUCGGCAGAUUUUAGGGUAAUUAUUAUUUUAUUUACUGAAAGCACAGUUGACGAACAAGGAGAGGAAUUCCAACCAGAUUUUGAUACGCAAGAAGAUUCGUACAAUGGGAUCAGGAGAAAUCCUCCUUCAAGUUUAGAAAUCAGUCAACUGAAAAGAUUCGAGUACGUCAGUGAAUCUGGGAAUUCAGAUGCAUGCAGUAUUUGCUUGGACGAUUUUAUUGAUAAAGAAGAAGUAAUGUUGAUGAGAUGCGGGCAUGAGUUCCACUCUGGUUGUUUGCUGAGAUGGUUUGAAGGAAAAUCAUCAUGUCCAUUAUGUCGCAGCUCCAUCGUCCAAAACAGCAACAAUGAAGAAGUAUCUAAACAAGCUGCUAUAGAUUAG